CAGCGUCAUCCGUUCUCACGUAACGAGGGCACGUGGCUAUAAAGACAGCUUGUGCUCCAUUUUAGCGUUUUGUUUUCUCUCACGCAGCUGAGUAGUACCGCAGGGUUAUUACCAAGGUUUUUACUUAAGGCAGGGCUCAGUCAGGCUAGUUUUUAGUUCGCUAACAGUUCUUCUUAGCGUAAUUGAAACUUCAUAAUGGCCGAUAAAAUGGAUAUGUCGCUAGACGACAUCAUCAAGCAGAACAGGCAGCAGAGAGGGGGCGCAGGAGGCCGUGGUGGUGGAAGAGGCCGUGGCCGGGGAGGCUCUGGCGGUGGCCGAGGUGGUGGUGUUGGCCGUGGAGCAGCUGGUGGAGGCUUUGGGGGCCGAGGUGGAGGAUCGGGCCCCAUGAGGAACCGACCGAACCUGAGCCGUGGCAGAGCAAGACCUACGCCAUACAGCAGGCCCAAGCAGCUUCCUGAUAAAUGGCAACACGACAUGUACGGCAAUCAUGGCUUCAAUGCCAGUGUUGGGGGCGGCGGGGGUGGCGCUGGUGUGGAAACCGGAGGGAAGCUUCUUGUCUCCAAUCUCGACUUUGGCGUUUCAGACGCAGAUAUUCAGGAGCUCUUUGCAGAGUUUGGUACACUGAAGAAGGCAGCUGUUCACUAUGACCGGUCGGGCAGGAGCUUAGGCACUGCAGAUGUCCACUUUGAGAGGAAGGCAGAUGCUCUAAAAGCUAUGAAACAGUACAACGGUGUACCACUUGAUGGGCGGCCCAUGAACAUACAACUUGUCACAUCACAGAUCGACACACAAAGACGACCACCCAUGCAGGGUAUGAACCGAGGAGGUGGUGGCAUGAACAGGGGUCGUGGUGGUGGGUUUAGAGGGAUGCAGAGAGGACGUGGAGCAGGACGUGGAGGAGGCAGGGGCCGAGGUGGCCGCGGGGGAAGCACUAAGCCACUUUCCGCUGAAGAGCUGGAUGCCCAGCUAGAUGCCUACAAUGCCAGGAUGGAAACAAGCUAAGAGCAAAGCCUGGGUGAAUCCUCCAGGCUGCAUUACACUCCAGGCUGAACAUGAGGACAGUCGCAGUUGUUACAGCGUUGAAGAUGCAGGACAUUUUACACUUGGAUGUCUUCUGAUGUGAUUUAAAUUUGUGUAUCAAUCCUUUUAAAUGUGUUUUUUACCAAUUUUUGUUUUUUGGAAAAAAAAUAUUGGUUUUGACUGUAGGUUUAAGGGGGUGGGUGGGGCUUUCCCUGUUGAUCUGAUUCCUUUCCCCAUAGAUUAUUGUAAUAAACCCUGCAGUACAUAUUAACCAUA